GGUGCAUCCGCCACUAGAAGCCUCCAGCCCGAAGAUGACCCAGCUGGGAGUCCUCUUCGGACAGUUCAUCACCCACGACGUCAGCCAGAUACUGCGGUCCGGAACACCUACAGCCGUCAACGACAUCGGGAAGCCGUGGCAGCCGAAUCUGGGACCGAAUGCCGCAGUAAGCUGCUGCAACUCUCCGCAGCGAACGUUUCCUGAGUGCCUCCCUAUGGACGUUGAGGCCGACGACCCUUUCUAUGGAGACAAAAACAGGACCUGUAUGCCCCUCUUGCGGGCGACACCAUGCUUCCUGUGCAAACUCGGUUACAGGGUGCAAGUAAACGACAAGACGUCAUACCUGGACGCAUCGCAGGUUUACGGCGUUAGAAAGACGGAGACGGAUACCCUUCGCACCUUUCGACAUGGGCUUUUACGCUCCCGUAUAAAGAAUGGAGAAGAACUUCUACAGCCGAGUUCAAAACCCGAGGGAGACGGGUGCAGCGUACCGAGCGAAAACCAAAUUUGCUUCACAUCUGGUGAUGGCCGAGUUAACUUUACUCCAGGACUCACUGUGAUACACACCCUAUUCCUGCGUCAACACAACCGAAUUGCAAAAAUGUUGCGGUCUAUAAACAGACGAUGGAAUGACGAAAUGUUGUUUCAAGUUGCAAAGCGCAUCGUGGAGUCCCAGAUUCAACAAGUGGUCUACGGAGAAUGGCUGCCAACGUUCGCAGGCCGUGACGCAGUCGAAAACUAUGAUUUGGUGCCGCUGCAGUCAGGAUUCACGACGUACGACAGCGCCGUGGAUGCCACCAUGAUUGACGAGUUCUCUUCGUCGGCCUUCAGGAUGGGACACUCUCUCGUCAGCGGCAACUUUCUCCGAGUAGGCGCAGACAACAAACAGCAAGUCGGUCAACUAAGAGACUGGUACUUACGGCCGUUUGACUUGUACCAGAACGGCUUGGACGACAUAAUGCGUGGCAUGCUACUGACCCCCAUGGCUACCUUCGAUAGGUUUGGAAGCGCCGACAUGAACGAGUACUUCUUCAAGAAACAAGGAAUGAAUUUCGGCCUUGACAUAUUCUCCAUCGACGUUCAGCGGGGACGGGACCAGGGAGUCAGAGGCUACACGGACUACGUUGAGUUCUGCGGUGGGGUCAAGAUAAACACGUUUCAGGACCUGUACCAGAAGAAUCUGAUGUCCCAGGAGACGGCGGAAAUAUUUCAGAGCCUUUACAAAAACGUCAGUGACAUUGAUUUGUAUUCUGGAGCCAUUUCGGAGUACGUCGUUGAAGGAACCAUCGCUAGCGCCACGGUGCACUGCAUCACUCUUAAAUUGUUCCAAAGGAUGAAGUGGGGUGAUCGAUUCUACUUCGAACAUGCGGACCAGGCAGGAUCGUUCACGUCAGCUCAACUGGACUCACUGAGGAAUACGACGUUCGCCAAGAUCAUCUGCGCAAACAGCAGGAGCAUCACCGCCGUACAGAGAAACCCAUUCGUACCGGAGGGCCCGCAAAAUCCGAAGGUGAAGUGCUCAAGUCUACCAGACAUCAAUAUCGGGCAUUGGCGCUCGGAAAAACAAGAGAACAUGUUGGCGCAAUAGCUAGACGUUUUCUUGAUGACUGUAUGCAGACGACGAAAGCAAAAAUCUCAAGAUACAAGACCUCGCCAGUCCGUUAUUUGCGUACGGUAUGAAAACGUCAGUAUUGCGGUGGGAAAAAAUGUGUGUGACAGCUCCGACAUGUAAUAAAAUGAACA